AUGAGUGAUUCAGAAGAAGCGAAAGAAAUCGCGGAAGUUCAGCGACAUCCCGACAGCGAUCAGCCCAACAAAAUGUCAGACAGCGAGAAUAACAAUUUGCUCAACCUGGAGGAUAUUAUCCAGCCGCUUAUAGGGGCGAACUGCUCUGAUUAUGCAGUGGCCCAUGCAACUGUGAAUGUGAUACCGUUUCGCACAUUUGCAGAGGUUUCACUGCUGCCGGAUAUUGUGCAGAGGAUGAGGAAAUCGGGCCUGAACCGUCUGCAGCGGCUGCAGAGCUAUGCCUGGCCGCACAUUCUCAAUGGACCGGGCCACGGUGUCCUCAUUGUGAGUGCCCCACGAAGCGGUCGCACGAUGGGAUAUGUGCCGCCCAUUUGUCACGUGGCCAGCACGGUCCUGGCCGCGAAUCGAUACAGGAGAGAAAUGGCAAUUGACUUAUUGGAUGUCUCGCAUGGAAUGGGACCCAUUGCCCUGAUUCUAGUGCCAGAUAUAACGCGAAUGGAGCAGGUUGCCGCCCUAUGCAGUGCACUCAUGCCCAGGGAUGAGACCGUCGAGGACAUGUGGACCAUUAUGGUGAAGAAGGUGUUGACCGUUCCAUCGGAGUGCACUCCCACGUUCAUGGGUGCGUGGAUCAGCGAAAUAGGCGUCUUGGUGGCCACCCCCGCCCGAUUUGUCAACGCGUGCAAGCAAGGAGAAGGUCUGCUAAAGCUUAAUCAGCUACAGGUAGUGGUCUUCGAUGAUGUGGACCUAAUGCAGAAAGAAGAACUGAAAUUGGCCCAGCAGUACAUUCCAAGCAUGGCGGCUAAACACAAUAGGCCAAUACGCAAGGCCAAUCCCCGUCCGCAGGUGGUGAUAGUUUGUCAACACUUCACUCCGUCCCUGAUUUCCGAGGUGCGCCGUUUCAAUCAACAUCCGUGCCUGAUAUUUGGCGAUCUACUGGAAGCUGCUCUCUAUGGCGGGAUGAGAUUGUUGGUCAAUAUGGUCGGGGCGGAGAGUAAGGUCGCUACGAUCGUGAAUCUACUUCUUCAGCGCCCGCCGGCGGUGUAUCGCACCAUAAUCUUCUGCGAUGACGAUUUGCAAAUGACCCUGCUGGUCGGAGCCUUAGAGGAUUUCGAGUACCAAUGUCUGGCCUACUACCAAACCAUGGAUCUGGAGCAACUUGAUAAGGUAAGCAGCUGGACGUGUGACAGCCGCGGCCUCAUAUUUGUCUGCACUGACGACUGUCCGGAGCUGAAAAUACGCAAUGCGCACACCAUUAUCCACUACAGCAUGAGCAGCUCGUGGAGCAAGUUCAAGAAUCGCUUCAUGUUUCUGUCCAACAAUGUGCCCAAUGCCCUGGAACGUCCCAAGGUACCGGAACCGGCGCCAACGGCAACAGCAACCGCAACCGAUCCAAGGAUCCUGGAUUCGCUUGUCCUCUUGGAUGAGGCGAACGCCAGCAGCUGCCCCGUCUGGUCGACUUAA